GCUGCUAUUGGGCAGGGGCUGGGUGUGAAAAAUCAAGCAGCAGCAGCAGUGAAACGGAAGGACGAAAACAUCAGGCAGGCCAAACGCGACCCCAAACAGAAUGUGAGGAUAAAAAUGCACAUGGCAAACGAAAAUGCUGCUGAAAAAGUAUGUGAAAACCCGACGCAAGGUGAAGAUUGUGCUGCUGCUGGCGAUUGUGGGUCUGCUCGUAAUCACCAUCAUUGUGCUGGGCUCCACUGGCCGCAAUGCUGCCAUCGAGCUGCUGCUGGACGAACGAUUUAUUGCACGGGCAUAUCGGCCUGGUGACAAGCACCAACAGCAGCAGCAGCCGUUGCAGGAGCAAAAGCAGCCGCCUGUGGCGGCGGUGGGUCUGCUGCAGCCGCAGAGGGAGAAUGGUGUGAUUGUGCCGGAAAAGUACGACGAACAUAAGAUCAAGGCGCGCAUCAUACAGAACCGACUGGACCAGAUAAAGCAGCAACAGCAGCACGACCACGAGGCGGAGCAGUCGCGUACCACCCUGGAGGUGGCAACCACGGCCGUGCACAUAUUCUACACGGCCCCAGUGCCCUGGUACAAGUCCAAGAAGCCACCGCCCGCUGAGCAUCCGAAUGAUAUGCCCCUGACGACGACACCCAAGGCGGUGCGAAUACUCAACACUGCCUUCUAUCCGGCUUUGGGUCUGUACAAGCCCAGCGUGUCGCUGCUCUCACAGCACUUUGAGAACAUCCGUAGUUGCGGCAUUGGCGUGCUCAUCCUCAGCUUCACGGGCAAGCCGGCGGAGACGACCCUUCUCCAUCAGAUCAUUGACCUGGCCCCGCAGCACAAUCUGACCGUUACCUUUGAACUGAGCGUGGCCGGGAAUCAAAGUGUGGAGUAUGUGCGCCAGCAGUUGCAGGAGAUUGCCGGCUUCGCCAGCCUACCUGGCUUCUAUCGGGUGUGGAGUCAGUCGCGUGGGGCCGCCAUGCCCGUUCUGUAUGUGAGCAAUGCCUACAAGCUGAGCGACAGCCUGGGACGACUGCUAUGUCGGACACCGUCGCAAGUGGAUCCCGACGGACUGCGGCGAGUGCUGGAUGGUUUCUUUAUAGGGCACAUAAGACUCAAGAGUCAUGCGGAUGUGAUGCGUCGCCUCUGCUUCGAUGGCUUCUACAGCAAACUGCCCAGCAAUGGAGCUGUAUUCGCCAGCACCUGGAAGAACUGGUCGUAUCUGAAAUCGUAUGCCCAGUCAUACAAAAUGAUGUUUGUGCCGACAGUGGGUCCCGGGUUUGCGGAAAGAAAUAAAUUCCCCCGCCAUGGGGAUAUACAGAGGCAUCGCAGCAAUGGACGCUAUUAUGGCGUGGCCUGGCGUACGGCUAUACUCAAUCAUGUGGGCUUCAUCAAUGUAGCCAGCUAUAACAAUUGGCCCGAUGGCAGCCAGAUUGAGGAGGUGAUGCCGCGUGCCGGCUUCCUGGACUACAAUCCUGGUUCGAGGACCAAGUAUUUGGAUCUGACGGCCCACUGGGUCGGUAAUUUUCUAAAGACACGUCAGGAGGCGGCUGCAGCAGCUGCCCCCGCAUCGCCCCAGAACUGUUACGAGCUCCUCAAUGGGACAAUUUGCUAGAGAGGUUCCACACAAUGAAAUCUUCCAUAUAUGGAUAAUACUAGUGCAAAGUCGGUAUUUACUUUAGAAGCAAUAUAUCUAUAGAUUGCAGGCCACACAAUUACUUUCCAAACUAAAAAAAUAAAUACAGCCAUAUA